UGGGCAGCAAAGAACAGGCAAAAUUAGAUCUGAACGAUUUGUUUGAUAUCUUAAUUUAACAACAUCCUGUACUAUAGAUGCAAAAAUAAAUUUUCGCUGUGGAAAUUUAAAGACAAGACAACAAGAAAACGAAAAUAGGUAUAAUCUUUAAAAAGAAGCACGGCAAGCAAGCAUUCUGUCGACUUCUUUUUGUUUUUUUACACUGCAAGUCAGCGUGUCGCGUGAUAUCGUGCGACGUGUGUUUUGCUGCAAUGUGUGUAUUAGUGUGCUACGUUUUACAUUCGGCGUUAUGUGUGGGUGCUGACGGAGGUGAAUAAGCCAGUACACUCGCUCUCGACGUUUGCUCUUGGCGUUGUCAGACGGACGUGACGAGCACAAUUAUCGCGGUAUGUCAAAGAGAUGAAUUGCUAUAUAUUUAGCCUUUCGCCUGCCAAGAAAGCCAAACAUGAAAGCGAAGAGCUUCUUUUUUCAAAAGUGGUGACUUCCUUCUUCUUAGCCAACUCAGUUUUCUUGACAAUUUUUAACAUGCAAGCUUCAGAAAGUGGCAGACUCAGCUUUGCAACUUUAGUUACCUUGAUGCUGAUGGCUUCACAAGCCUCAACAACUAAAGCUUCAGGUUUGCAGCAGCUGCUGAAAUCAAACGCAGGUACCGAGCUUUCGUUAUCAGGACAAGACAUUGAACAGCCUUGGUGUAGAAUGAAGCCUCUUCCACAGAAAGUUCGCAGACGUGGGUGUGAAACAGCGACUAUUAUGAACAAUUUGUGCUAUGGUCAGUGCCGUUCGUUUUAUGUUCCGCAUCGCAAGGGUUAUUUCGAGUCGUGUUCGUUUUGCACUCCCAUCAAUUCUACGACGGAAAAUGUUGUGUUGAGUUGCCCAUCUAAGACAAAGAAGCAAGUUGUUAAAAAAGUUAAAAUCAUCACAGCCUGUAGCUGCCGUGUGUGUGGUCAGAAGUAUAUUUGAAGUACUGUAUUGGAUGUAAUAGCGCUGGAGACCGUAAAUAAUUCAUUUUUACCAUUACUAUCCUUCUAUUUAUCUUAAGACCAUGCGGAGACAUUGAUAAGUCAAACAUUAUGUAUUGUAUACGGUGUUAUCAGUGGUAACACCGUAAUAUAGUUUAAUGUAUUAAUAUGUAAAAUGAAGUUAUACUGGUAUGAAUUUUAUAAAAAUUUCAACAGACAUUGUUAAAACACAAACACAUUCUGCAGUUAAAAAUUUCAUCGAUGUAAUCUAGUACUACACAGAACAGGAGUUCUCAAACUCCCCGCUUUCUCGACUCAAAUCAUUUUUCCUUGGAUAUGCGUUUAUCCAUGCAAGAUGAAAAUAAGAAAAUUAAAAGUAAAGAAAAAUGCGUUUCGACAUCUUCAAGAUGUCUUUGUCGGGUUUCAAAAUGCGAAGGUCAGAGUUCGUGCGUAAUUGAAAAAGCACACUAUGUUAAAUAUGUGAAAAAGCGAAAAUAAUAAAGUGACAAGGAGAAGUGUUUUCCGAAAGCCUUAUAGAUAUAUAAGCUUAACGGGUUUCGAUUCAUGUUAAGCAAACUGUGUCAGUAAAGCAAGCUUUAGAAAAAACUUGUUAAAAUAUUUGCCAAGUUCGCCGGUGAAUUUCCACUUUAGAACGUUAACAUUGAUUUACUAGAUAACUUAAAAACAAUCGAUUUGGCUCAGCGGAAAGGGACAACGGAUGAAACAUCAGGUUCUCAAUAUGUCAGGGAUCUAAGGGACGGACCACUAUUUUUUGAGGGGAGGGAGGGUUGGACAAUUUUCUGGGGCAUGAAAUUUUUCUCUCAACUUUAGGUUGCGCAUGAUUAUUUUUCGUGGGCAAUAGUUUCUGCUGAAGAAUUUUUUAACUUCAAAAAUCAAAAUGAUAGUAGAAAGCACUUGCCAAUUUUUUUCUCUGCACGGUUAUUUUUUCAGCCGUUUUGGCUGUGCAAAAUUUUUUUUGGGAAAUUGCUCACCCCCCCUCCCUCCAAAAAAUAAUAGUCCGUCCCUAAAUCACAUCCCCCUCCCCCACCCCGAGGUAAAUGGGUUGUCGUGGAAAGCACACUGGACACAAACCGUUUCUCCACUCAGUUCUUAACCAUAACAGUAAACAAUCGAAAUAACAAAUCCCUAACUAUUGUGUCUACCUAUUACCUGGGCACUACUUUCGUAGAUGAAACUAAUUAAGCUUAUAAUUCAAGAUCACCUCUCCUUAGGUAUAAUUUUUUUCAUGCCAAUCAUGAAGUCUUGUUCACUGCAUGCAUUAUUAUUUGUAAGACUGUUCUAAGCAAGUAAACGAAUAAAAACGGGCAUUUAACAAAGAUCAUCCAUAAAAUAAAAUAAAAGAC